AUGCGCGUCAACAAGCAAGGACGCACAUCGCACAUCAAGUGCCCCCGCAGCCUUGCACAAGCACGCCAGACGCUCCAGUGCAUCAUCAAGGUGCUCUACAAGCGCAUGUUCGACAAGAUUGUGGCAAAGAUCAACGAAGUCUCCAACGCGAAGUUUCAUCCGGAGGUCUCGUACAACAGCAUUGGGACCCUGGACAUCUACGGCUUCGAGCGGCUGGAGCUCAACAGCUUCGAACAGAUGUGCAUCAACCUGGCGAACGAACGCUUGCAGCAGUUCUUCGUGGAGGAGGUCCUCCAGGCGGAGCAGCGGAUGUACGAGGAGGAGCGGCUGACGGUACUGGAGAUGGACCUGCCAGACUCCACUCCCGUGGUUCUGAGCGUCCAGAACGUCAUGAAGCUGCUGGACGAGCACAGCCUGCGGGCCAUCAAGAAUCUCGUGCGCACGGGUCCGAAGGACGACAAGGAUGCCAAGUUCUGCGAACAG